AUGGAGGCCGCCCUGCCGCAGGCGCUGCCGGAGCCGCCCCGGCCCGAGCUGCUGGCCCGCGCGUUUCCCCUCAGGCCGGGGCGGCCGCUGCCGGAGGCGCUGCCCGGAGCCGGAGCUGCCUGUGCGGCGGAGCGGCCGCGCUUCCCGGCCGGGCCGGGGCGCCUGUGCGGGCGCUGCUUGCGGGGCCGUGCCGGCCUCGCCGAAGCUGCCCGCGGCUCCCUUUGCGCGGCGGUCGCUGCCGGUGCCGGCGCGCUGAGGCGGAGCUGCCGCCCCUCAGGCUGCCCGCGCUUCCCGCCAUUGGCGCUGCGGCUCCCUCAGGCUCUGCCGGCGGCCAUCCCGCCUGUGCCCGGCUUUCGGGAAGCUGCCCGCGCUCUCCCGGCGCCAGGCGGGCUUUGGCCCUGGCUGGAUGCCGGCUGCCCACCAAAGGCGCUGUCAGCGCUCCGCCCGAGUGGAGAGGAGAGGAAAGGCAGCAAAAGGCUCAUGAGCUUCCAGAAAGAGAGGGAGAGAUCCCUCCCUGGUGACUGCAGCCAGUCCUGCCUCGCCAUGGACCUGGUGCCGCGUCUCGUGCGCGCUCUGCUCCUGCUGGCCCUGCUGCUGGCAGUGGCUCCCUCGGCAGGAGUGGCCGAGGAGCUCUGCCCAGAGCCCUGCCGCUGCCCGGGCCAUGGGCGGCUGAACUGCCGCCACACCGGGCUGGCCACCGUGCCCCCGGCCAGCCGCCGCCAAGCCCUGGCCCUCCUAGUGCUCAGGGACAAUGAGCUGCGGACAGUGAAGAGCCAUUCCCUGGAGGGGCUGUUCCUGCUGAAGCACCUAAAUCUCUCCGGGAAUGGCCUCACGCGGAUCCGCAGCGGCACUUUCCAGGCCUGGCAUGGGAUGCAGUUCCUCCAGGAGCUGAUCCUCAGCCAAAACCCGCUGGUUGUGAUAGAUGACUCUGCCUUCUUCAAGCUGCCCUCAGUGCGCUCUCUAGACCUAAGUGCCACCCAAGUGAUCCCGCAGACGCUGCUGCAGCUGCUACAGACCACAGUGAGCUUGGAAACCCUGCAAGUGCCCAAGGAGACGGCCUGCUGCCUGUGCCAGGAGCGUCCCCGGCCCGAGAGCCCCUGCAGGACCAUCCAGUUCCUGUGCGAGAAGCUGUGCAGCAGCAGCGCCCCGCAGUGCGUUCACUCAACUGUGCUGCAGACACGGGGAGAAGUAAUGGACAUGGAGCAACGCAGAGAGCUGAACACCAGCCCUGUGUUGAUCCUCAAGCCCAUGGAACCUUCACUGGGAGAUCAUGGAACUGCAACGCUUGUGGUUGCCCUGACCCAGAGCGCUGAGGGUGGUGUCAGCAGCCUGGAUAGCUCCAGAAGAAAUUCAUAUCCCCCUCAGCAUCUCUUGGGGCACGAAGGCAAAACAAGUGCUGGUGACCUGAGGGCCAAGGUCAAGAAGAAGCUGCACAAGGCAGAAAGCAUCAAGGCUGCAAGAAUCACUGUCCCACACCAGCCCCAGCCUGCCAGGCUGAAGCAUGUGGUGGAAAAGACACCCUCAAGCUGGCAUCAAGAGAAGAUGGAGUCACGUUUAUACUGGCAAGGAUUGAAGCCCUCAGCUGUAGCUGGUGGAUUAAAACAUGCUGACGAUCCCUCCAUCUCUGGACAACACAGAGAUGAGGAGGAAGAUCCAACUGCCAGGAAGUACCACGUCAGGACACACAAACGGCACAAGAAGAAGGACAGGCAGUAUUGGGUUGGACAUAAUCCGCUUUUCUACCAGGUGCUGAGCCCUGUGAAAGUGGAGCGAAGGUCCAGAUCUGCCCAGGGUCUAAACAGGGACGUGGAUUUUCUCUCUGUCCCGUUGGUUCAGAGCCACCCCGCUGUGAGCAGCAGACGAGGAGCCACGGCUGAAGAGAAGCAUUCCUCCAUCGGCGGCCACCUCCUGCUCAUGCCUGACACCAGAGAGGAGGAAGACUCCAUGCUCCUUCAUAAACCUGUGAGACCCCGAAGUGCGGACCUUGCGCCAGUACUAAAAGACCUGGAAACCAAUGUUGAUCAUCACCAGCAGUUGAUGGAGGCACACAAAGGCCUGAAGACAUUCAUGGCCCAUGUGGAGCGAGCCCUGAGGAGGGACUGCAGCCUGCCCCAGCUCAAGCAGGCGUGUGCCAAGAUGGUCAAAAAGACCAGGCUGCUUCUAAAGGUGCUCCAAGGGAGGCAAGAGAACCAGGGAGCCUAUGAUCCAAUGGAGCAGUGUCGUCAGCAAGAGAAAAUGAUAAUUCACAUGGCCUUGGGGAAGGACAAGGGGCUCACAGGGAAGGUAGGAGAGCUGCUGGGCACUGCUGCAUGUGUCCUUCCGGGCAAAGGAGAAUGGAAGGAGCAAUGCUCUUACCCACAUAUUCUUCCUUCCUUUCCUCACAGCAAAAACUGGAGGUUGUGGUGUACGUGAUCACAUUCCUGGUUUUGCUGUUUUUCUUCGUCUUGGUUUUACUGAUACUGAAGUGUGUCUUCCACGUAAGUCAAUAUCUUGUUUGACACACAGCUGUCUGUCUUGUAGCUGGAGUGCCCAGGU